ACGGGAUGACGUCAUGCUGGAAGUCGUUGGUUUCUAUCCAGCGAUCAUCCCGCUGCUGGUAUUCACGCAAAGACCGAGGAAGUUCUCGUCAUAACGUCGAACACGCUUUCGUUCACACUUUUUCUUGCAAAAUAUAGUUAUUUUCGCGACUUUCUUCGUUGUGUUCGAGUGUGAAACAUUCCGACAACAGCAUGUCUUUCGUCCCGGGACAGCCGAUGUGUGUUGUAGCGCAACAAAUUGAGAUUAAGAAACUACGACAGGGAGAUCAUCUGAUCCUGGGCUUCAGCAUCGGAGGAGGGAUAGACCAGGAUCCUGGUCAGAACCCUUUCUCUGAGGACAAGACUGACAAAGGUAUCUAUGUGACCAGGAUAACACGGGGAGGACCAGCAGAGGCGGCAAACUUGAUGAUGGGAGACAAAAUAUUGCAGGUGAACGGCUGGGAUAUGACCAUGGUGCCCCAUGACAAGGCUCGUAAAAGACUAACAAAUAAAAAGGAGGAUGUGGUACGACUACUGGUAACCAGAAAGACACUGGAGGAAGCUGUCAAGCAUUCCAUGGGUUACCCCAACCAAUGCCACUGAGACACUACACUUCCAAAGCAAUCGCCAACGACUGAACACACUCUGAUUAUCUGAUUAUCCCACAAAUCCAGAUGAUGUUUGCACCAACUACCACACCACAGACACCAGACAGGGUUUAGAUGACAUAUUCAGAUGCCUGAAGCUGCACAAGUCAGUGUUUGACAACCAUCACAUCAUCAAAAUCCUUUUGAGUUUUUUUUACAUUUAGCAUAUCCAUAUGUAACUUUCUAAGUCUUUAGGGCUGAAUCUGAAUCACAAUUAGCUGCAAAGCAAAUAUUUUGCUGUGAGAAUAAUAAUACAGAGAUUUAUAGCAAGUCAGUAAAUCCACCUUUGCUGUCCAGUUAAUUGUAAGCAGAAAAAUAACAACACUUGCUGAGGUUUUUGUAUUGUGUGCAUUCAAAGUUAAUGCCACAGACAAUUCCUGUGAUUCCUGUUUGUUUGAAAAACUGCAAACUCAUCUUUUCCUCCUACAUUUGACCCAAUAUAGCUUUAAUCAAGAAGCUGUUAAGCAUUUUAUUCAAUUUAAAUAAAAUGUAGCUGUCAUUCUUUUAAAUAACGCAAAAUGCCAAAGUAAAAGCCUCAAAACACUCAAGUAUGUAAUUAAAAUAUGAAAAGAAUGUUUGUCCUCAUGUUUGUUUUUCCAUGUUUACAAAAGAGGAAAUUGUCAACUUUUUGGCCCAAUUUCUUCUAUGAUGUUAAAAGUGAUUGAACAGUUUCUAUUAGUCCUCUAGAACUCUGUCUUUCGCUCAGUUUUACUUUCAGCUACCGGGACAAGUCUUUUGCAAAACAAUUACAACACGAUUUAUAGCACAAAGGAGCGGUGUUAAAUGUCAAAUCUUGGUUGGGUAAAACAUGUACAACACUUAACUCAGCAGCCUUUAUCUUCUGUAAUAAGUAUCCCUGAUGCAAAAAAAAGACUAGAAUGUGCACAUGAAUUGGUUGUUUUUCAAGCAGUUGUGCUUGUUAUGGCACAUAUAUCACCAUGUCUAUGGAAGCGUUCCAGCGUCUUUAUGACAUUAACCACAAUACAUUUCCACCUUGAACUGCAAGUGACACAAAAGUUGUCUGUUGUCUCUUUAAUGGUUUUGGGGGCGCGGGAAACCCUUUAAAUCAUGUGUUAAUGCGUUAAUUAUGUGUAAAUCCUGUUAUUGACACAUAUUCCUUUUCUCUUUCGAUUGUUGGUGAUGUCUGCUACAUGUAAGGGAACAUCUGAUUCUGCUAAAAUAGCAAUAGUUUAAAAUGCACCAUAUUUGUGGGAACGUUUAAAGAUGCUUUGAACUGUAUUUCUUACCACACUCUGCAGGAGUGAAUGUGGCUUGAUGCACACCUGCCUUACCCUCGUACCUAUUCCUAUUUGUCUCCAUAUUCCUUUUAACAAUGUUUUUGUGUGUGUUUUAGUGUAAAUGAUGCUUUUCCUCUGGUACAGUACAUACUACAUCAUGAUGCAAAUGAGGGAUUUAGUAUUAAUCCAAACACUGUUUUGGCUCUAAAUAUGUGGUCAUGUCUUUAUGUUUCAUAAAACAAGUUCAUCUUUACAUGUUUUGAACAACUGAUAAUGAAAGUGGUAAGGUAUGCAUACUGUAUUAAGUAUUUUCGAGGGGACUAAAAGCAAUAAUAUAAGAGCUGCACUUAAAGAGGGGCUGUAUUCCUAUUUGCAUGUAUGGGUUCCCAUUCCCCAGGUUCACAGUUACACUACAGUGGUACAUUAAGUGAGUGUAAUGUAAGAUGAAUCACUCACAGUGUUUUCUAUUUGAAUAAUGUCUGUCCACCUCCAGAUUUUGUACGUGCAAACUGUCAGUAGAGCUCAAUUAUUCAGCAUUUAACUGUUAACAGUUACUCCGUGAAUGUGUUUCAUAUAUAAAGAGACUGAAAACUAAA